AUGCUUAACUUCCAAAAAUCCCUUUUGAGGGCAUGGUUCCUGGCUAGUGGUCUCCUCGCAUUGACUGAAGCAGAGGUGACGUGCAAUGAGGAGACAGUUCACGCCUUGGCCAACCCAUCGUUCGAGACCGGGGAUUUGACUGGUUGGAAAUCGAUGUUGGCUUCAGGAGGUCCAUCGCUGGGUAAUGUUGUAGCUGGUGACGCUUUUGACGGCGACUAUCGCUUCACGAUUCAGGCAACCUCCAUUUAUACCUAUCUGAAACAAACCCUGUCAGACCUUGAUACCACCAAGCCGUACGAUCUCUCUUUGGAUUACAGAAUCCAGACCACCCAGCCCGUCCGACCGUCCAACCCAGCACAAAUUUGCUACCUGGGGUGGUCUAAGGAUACUUGGUCUUCAUGGGUGGUUCCACGGACUACGAUUUCUCUUGCUUCUACCGAUGCUCAAUGGAAAUCCCUUUCAAUCCAAUGGCAACCUACUUCUUCUAUUCAAGAUCUUUAUCUUGUGUUUGCUUGCACACACCCUGGAGUGACGAUUGACUUGGACAACUUUCAACUGCCCAUUGGAAGCAAAUCUGUUUGCACUACAUCAAUCCCACCCUCAGCUUCAAGUACCAUCACUUCUGCUUUGCCUACAUCAGCUGCACCAACCUCGGAGUCUGUCACUACCUCAAGUGUAAGUGUCUCUCAGGCUCCUGCCAGUUCGCCAGCCGAGACGUCUCCAUCUUCCUCUACGAGCUUGCCAGGACAGUCUUCCACCUUGAUCGUGGUACCUACCUCGUCUCCAGUUGAGAUCACUGUUUCUCAAUCGGUGCAUCUAUCUUCCUCUGCAGCAUCGGUACCAUCGCCGUCUUCUGUCGCAGUCCCACCAUCAUUGAUCAGUACAUCUGCAUCUGCUUCGAUUACCAUUCACCCUUCGUCGAUUGUUCCUCCCUCCAUUCAAUCAUCUUCCGUCGUUUCUUUACCUGGUCAAGUCCCUUCAUCGGUAUCUUCAUCUCAAUCUCUUGCGACCAGCCAAACUGCGAGCCCGUCAGUAAACCCCCACCAGCCUGGAUCGCCGUCUGGCUCGGGUCCCUUCGUGCCCAGCCAGACUAUACCUAGUGGUGGCCCUGGUCCCGUUACUGGAGGUCCCUCAUUGACCAACGGCCCUGGGAUUCCGGCGUCGACACCCAAUGUACCUCUCACAACAUCUACUGUGUUGACUACCCGCACUUUUACAAUUACAGCCUGCCCAUCAACUGUCAUACAUUGUCCCGCUGCAUCCAAAACCACCUCCGUGACCACCGAGACAGUGGUAGCAUAUACAACGGUCUGCCCAGUUACCAAAACUGAACAACCAAUCCAAGCGACGCAGACAACAUCCAGCAUCUUCAGCACCCGCAUUGCAACUGUCACAUCCUGCGUGGAUCAUCAGCAGUAUUGCGCACUGCCCCACAGAAGCACCCAGCUUGUGACGGAGACCGUAUUGGUGUCCACAACUGUAUACCUUGCUCCAGUACCAACCGCUAACAGAGAACCUAUCUUUGUUGACAACAACGGCUUCUAUAGAUCUCCUCCAAAAGCCACCCAGAUCAGUUCAGUUUCAACCGGCUCGGAUGUUGGUGGACAGGUGCCUGCGGAUGGGGCUGUGAACCUUCCUGGAUUGGGGCCUGAAGUCACCAGAACGCAGAUUGUUUUCUCCACUAUUUUUGUGACACAACCCAUCCUCGCAACUGUCUGUCCUCCUGCUCCAACAGGAUCUUCCUCGGCACAGCCCCAGCCUCGACCGAGCAGUGUUCGCCCUGUGUACUUUUAG